AUGGGAAGGCUCCAGCAGAAGGGUAUCAAAGCAGUUGUUGUAUCAGGAGACAGGGAAGAGGCAGUUGCAACUAUUGCGAAGACAGUUGGAAUAGGAAGUGAUUGUAUCAAUGCUUCCUUGACUCCACAGCAGAAAUCUGAAGUUAUAUCAACUCUAAAAUCUGCUGGGCAUCAUGUUGCUAUGGUAGGUGAUGGCAUAAAUGAUGCACCCUGUCUGGCUCUUGCCGAUGUUGGGAUUGCUCUGCAGAUUGAAGCACAAGAGAACGCCGCAUCAGAUGCAGCAUCCAUUGUACUUCUUGGAAACAAACUUUCACAAGUUGUAGAUGCGUUGGAACUUUCACGGGCAACAAUGUCGAAAGUGUACCAAAAUUUGUCAUGGGCGAUAGCAUACAAUGUGGUUGCCGUUCCCAUAGCCGCUGGAGUACUCCUUCCCCAGUAUGAUUUUGCCAUGACACCUUCACUAUCAGGUGGGCUGAUGGCUCUGAGCUCGAUAUUUGUUGUCACUAACUCGUUGCUUCUACAGUUCCAAGGGCCUCAGAAAAGCAGAAAGACCUAGCUUUGAAUCAGAUGCCAGUUCCGGAUUGAGUUUUUUUUAUUUUCUUUUCUUUCCUAGUAAAGGAUGAGUUUGCUUCUAUGAUUUAAAAAUAAUAUUAAUAAUAAUAAAAUAAAAGGGAUUUGAGUGUGUGCA